GUGAACAAAAAUUACGUCCAAAGGGACGAGGCAGGUGUAUUCAUGUUAGUGAAUUUUUAUGUGAACCUUUGGGACAUGUUCAUUUAACUGUAGAGCAACAUUUAGCCCACUCAGAAAUUCCAAAUAGAUACGUUACAGAGAUACUUGAAGUUGGUGUAAACCACGAUGGUUAUUAG